AUGUUCUCUUUCUACGCUAACUUGACCACAGAUGCCUGUACUCGAGAAACUCGGUUCAUAUUCAUCAGCCCCUGGUGGAACUCUGAAGCGCAAUCUUUCAUUCCGGACUUGUUUAUGGCUUCAGAGCAAAGGUUCGACAAUUUAAUUUGCAAUUUGGGCGAGGAGUUUGUUCCGACGGGUCAGGCUGCUGAAACCCAAUUGUACGCCCAACAUGAAAUCAAUGUCCGCACGACUGAGACCAUGGAGGCUUUCUAUCAAAGACUGGCUCCGCUCAAAGAGAGUGGGGAUGCAAAGGUUCUGAUCCUGUGCCGUGAGGCGCAAGCGGCGGAUAUUCUAUGGUAUUGGGUCGAGAAGUGGGGCUUCGUCACGAGGACGCAUUUGACUGAUCGGGUGGAGAGGGACAGGAUUCUGGACGGAUGGAACUCGGGCAAGAUCAGGGCGGUGAUUACGACGGAGGGCCUCGCGGAUGGCAUGGCGAUGGAGGGAAUCACGGAUUUGGUGACGUGGCAAUUGCCGAUGAACAAGGAUAUCAGAGUCAGCGAGUGGAAGUAUUGGAGGCGCUUGGAGCGUGAUCACAUGGAGGCGCCGCGGACGCUCGUUUUCAUCGGGUCGCACGACCACGACUUGUUUCCGUUUGUGGCGAGAAUGGCGGCGUUGGGGGAGCCCUCGGUUUCUGGGAACUUGGAAAGGCUACAGAAGAAGAAGGACUUUCUGGCGGCUAUGUGGAAGCUAUGCCUCCCUAACCAAAGAUCACCCGACGAGGAGGAAAAAUAG